AGAGUUCCACGGCCAGCCGCCGGGCUGUGGUGGGUCCUGAGAGCUUCGCAGGCGGGGCGGGGCCGGCCGAGCGGAGUCCGCGCGCGCCCCCACUGAGCUGCCCGCUCCGGCGGCUGCGCUGCUCGCCUGCCGCGACGUCGCGCCGGGGUCUCCAAGCAUGACCGAGCUGAGGCAGAGGGCGGCCCGCGAGCCGGACGCGGCGCCCGAGGACAAGGAAUUGGAGUCAGAAGUGAAGAUAGAUGGAGAGACUGCUUCAGACAGUGAGAGCCGAGCGGAGACUGCUCCUUUAUCAACGUCUGUAGAUGAUACCCCAGAGGUCCUCAACAGGGCCCUUUCCAAUUUGUCUUCAAGAUGGAAGAACUGGUGGGUGAGAGGCAUCCUGACUUUGGCCAUGAUUGCAUUUUUCUUCAUCAUCAUUUACCUGGGACCAAUGGUUUUAAUGAUCAUUGUGAUGUGUGUUCAGAUUAAGUGUUUCCAUGAGAUUAUCACUAUUGGCUACAACGUCUACCACUCCUAUGACCUGCCCUGGUUCAGAACCCUCAGCUGGUACUUUCUACUGUGUGUAAAUUACUUCUUCUAUGGUGAGACAGUGACGGAUUACUUCUUCACUCUGGUCCAGAGAGAGGAGCCUUUGCGGAUUCUCAGUAAAUACCACCGGUUCAUUUCCUUUACUCUCUACCUAAUAGGGUUCUGCAUGUUUGUACUGAGUCUGGUCAAGAAGCAUUAUCGACUGCAGUUCUACAUGUUUGGCUGGACCCAUGUAACAUUACUGAUUGUUGUAACUCAGUCACAUCUUGUUAUCCACAACCUAUUCGAAGGAAUGAUCUGGUUCAUUGUCCCCAUCUCUUGUGUGAUCUGUAAUGACAUUAUGGCCUAUAUGUUUGGUUUCUUCUUCGGUCGGACCCCACUCAUCAAGCUGUCCCCGAAGAAGACCUGGGAAGGCUUCAUUGGGGGCUUCUUUGCUACUGUGGUGUUUGGCCUUCUGCUGUCCUAUGUGAUGUCCGGGUACAGAUGCUUUGUCUGCCCCGUGGAAUACAACAAUGACACCAACAGCUUCACUGUGGACUGUGAGCCCUCGGACCUCUUCCGUCUGCAGGAGUACAGCAUUCCUGAGGUGAUCCAGUCGGUCAUUGGCUUGACAACAGUCUGGAUGUACCCCUUCCAGAUCCACAGCAUCGCCCUCUCCACGUUCGCCUCGCUCAUUGGCCCCUUUGGAGGGUUCUUUGCAAGUGGAUUCAAACGAGCCUUUAAAAUCAAAGACUUCGCCAACACCAUUCCUGGCCACGGAGGCAUCAUGGAUCGCUUUGACUGCCAGUACCUGAUGGCCACCUUUGUUAACGUGUACAUUGCCAGUUUUAUCAGGGGCCCCAACCCAAGCAAGCUGAUUCAGCAGUUCCUGACCCUGCGUCCGGACCAGCAGCUACACAUCUUCAACACUCUCAGAUCUCACCUGGCCGACAAGGGGGUGCUGACAGCUGCCGUGGAGGAUGAGUAGCGCCCCCAGGCCCAAGAUGGCAGGAGCAAGCGAGCGAGGGGCUAGGCUCCAAGGCAAAGCCCCCCUGGUGUGACUCAAUCGAUGACAAGGCUUCAACUCACUGUCUUUUUUUUUUUUUUUUGUAGAGCAUUUUUUAUUUGUGGGUUUUCAGAACAAUCUGUAUAUACAGUCUAUGUGCUUAUGGUUUGGGUCGUGGGUAAACUACAAGUUGAAAGAAAUCACCGGGGUCAGACCUUCCAGGCUUUUUAAACAGAAGUUUUAACCUGGAAGACAGUGUUGCCCACCUGGGCUGCAUCUGCUUGGUGCUUCUUGCUCCCAAGCUAGAGUUUCUGUUGCCGGGCUCCAUCAGGGAGGGAGCGGAUGUUUAUCUGUGGCUGACCAGUUCAGGCCCCCCCCCCUUCCCCCAGCCUGCCCUUGUAGCUGCCCCCUAGCUGGAAAGAGGUGCAUGGCUUGGAUGUCUUCGCUCCGGAGAGCUUUCACCUGGGCCUCUCGAGAAUCCCUGCCCUGGAGUGACGGGACAGUUGCCUUCUGUCUGGAGGGACAAAGACUGUUUAAUUAGAUAAGCAUUCUACCCGCAAGAUCCUGUGGGGCGUGAGCUCUGCUUUAUGACAUGGGUUAACCUUACUUCAUCGCAAACUGAAAGAAGGCUUCAGUAUUUUUUUUUUCAGGAAGCACGAGAAAUUAUUUAUAAUAGUCCGAAAAAGUACACUGUAAUAUUUUGAGUGUAUGCGGUAGAACGUGCCGUCACGAGCCCUUCCCCUAGGUGGUCGGCUCACGUGGCUCCUCUUGGGCAGUUCGGCUAACUGUGUCUUUUCAGGGCCGAUGCCCUUCACGUUUGUGCUGUAGACUUGUUGCUGCUGAAUCCCUCCUGGGGGCUCUCCUGUUCGGCAGGGAGCAGGGGGUUUCUCGUUCACGUGCCCUUUGCCUGACCGACCGCCCUUGUAGCUGCUGUGUUGUGUAUAUACUACUCUAAAGGCAAGUGUGUACCUGUGUGUGUGUUUUAAAAAUCACUUAGUUCUUACAGUGAUUUCAGUUGUACCAUGACUUCUUCACUGCAACCACAAAAUCCUGCUUACAACUCUGGAAACCUAACCUGAUUAGAGGUAUAGAGGUGUGACUGUUCUGAAGAUUACAUGCACACUUUAUAUAUAUAUAUAUACAUACAUACGUAUAUAUAUAUAUAUAUGAAAUGUGACCAGUUUAAAUGUGGUUCAUAUUUUAUUGAGGGACCUUUUUUCUUUUAAACUGUGAUCCCCCCCACCCCACCCCCGCCUUCUGAUAGGAGUGAUGUUGACUUUAGGGAGACAAAUUCUUUGUUAGGUCAACAAGCAGGGGAGGAUAGGAAAGAGAACUGGUGCCCAUCUGUGUUCAGUUCUUCCGUGCCAUGCUGGUUCUCCUUGCCAAAUGAGGGUGCGGUGACUUGCUUCAGCACCUUGGUCUGCUACUGUCUCAUUCUGUUUCUGUUUCCGUCAAUCGUCCUUGAAAGCUCACGGUCAGCUCAGCUCACUGCCAUGUGCGGGCACAGGGCGGCAGGCCCCCGUUGACAUGGCAGCUCACGGUCACUGCCUGGGUCUCCCCACGAGUGCAACACUGAAGCAGCUUUCCCCGUCUGACCUUGUACUUCCGUUUCAACAUGUGGCUUUCCUGGUUCAGGGCUGAGGGCCCCAUAAAAACAAAGUGUGUUUUUGUGUGGGGUGUCCAUUCUGCCCGGGUAACCCUGGGCAGGACACAUCCCUCUCUGGUCCUCGUGUUCUGAGCACUCCCUUAAUUCAGUAUUCCGUGAUUCUGACUGAGCAGGUUCGUGUCCCCAGAGGCUACUUGUGAGUAUUGAGUUGUGUCCUCGGCACACAAACAGCAAGAGCUUUCAGGCCGUUUCUAAAUGCUUGUCUUUGAGAUGAAUCAGUAUCUCACCAACCUAUCUUAAACAGUGGAGGUUAUUAGUAACAAAUCUAGUUUUCACAUUGAAGAAUGGACUUGGUUCCUAAAACCAGAGACAGAAGGGGUUGUCUCUGUCACCUUAUUGUGGGUCUGCAGUGGGCGUCUUGGUGGCUGGGGCCCAGCAGCCCUUGAAUAGGGGCAUCGUUGGGAUCGGCGUGCCUGGCGCAAUCCUUUGUGGAAGGCAGUGGUUGCUGAGGGGGCCUCUGGCGUCCUGGGAGACUGAAGCUGGAUGUUCACAAGAGCUCUUCGCAAGAAGUCCAGAAGGUCAGCUUCGGUUUUAUCUUCUAUUUUCCCCACAUGCUUUCUGGUCAAGGAAGAAGAAUUUCCUAGCCUAGUAGCCAGGCAAGCAAAGCCACCUGUGUCUCUGUCUAUACACAGUGUUUUUCUUUCUUCCAUUUAUUGAGGUAUUUCACCAUAUAAACAAGAUUGCUAGAGACUAUUUUAACAUACCCCUGUGCAGGUCUUCAUGAAUGGCAUAACUUGCUUCAGAUCCACUUGUUUGUGUGUGAGAAAUAAAAUGUGACAGAAACUGUGUGCUCUCCCUUGUGACUUCCGUGUCUCCCUUCCAUGUGUGGUGUGAUGUUUCCCACUUGUUAUUGCAUCAUAAAUAUCCUGCAGUCCUGGUUCAGAGACUUUUGUUUUCUGCUCUGAAUCUUCCACUUUCUCACAGCGGCCCUCUAAGGCGCCUCAGGUGGGAGUCCCGAGCACCUUGUGGCUGAGGACGCAGAGGCCCAGAGCAGUGGGAGCCUUUCCCAGGGUCAUGUGGCAGAGGCAAGCCUCACUCUACCUUGCACUCUGUGUACCAGGACAGGGUUCAUCCCUCGCCCCACUUGCUUUUGUGAAAGUGGUGGUCAGUGUGCCAGGAAUUCAGCAUCUGGUGGACCUGUGCCCCAGGAUGGAGCUUAGGGAGGGAGCUGAUGAGCAAGGUUGUCAUGGAAACCAGGGAGCAUCUACAGAGUGUCCUCCCUGGGGACUGCUCAGGGGACACCCGAGUCUUUUCCCCUUAUGAGCACUUGCCACCCCUUUAACUGCAUUGCCUCAGCAUUGAGAAAGUCACAUGUAUGUUUUGCUUCUGAGAGUGAAACCCCCUAAGGCAGCCUGGGUCUUAUUUGUGUUUAUUAUUUUUUGCCUAUUUCAUAUUCUGAGCAUAUUAGUAGCUAUAGUAUAAUUAUAUUUAAAAUGUAUUUACUCUUAGUAUUUUCUAUAUUCUGUAUUCCUAAGUCGAUAAUGUAUGUCUGAAGUUAGUAUCUCUUUCACUUUUAUAAGGGGUGAAAUGUAGUAUUUCAUCAUACACAGGUGGACUUAGGAGCCAUUUUUGUGGUAUUUAUUUAUUUUUCCCCACUGGGCUUCUUCUCCUGUAACUUGACAUAUUUUUGGAAUCUUUCUGUAUACCCUAUUUUAAAGGAGAUUAAACAGAUCCUGAUUUGAGUAAGCUAGUUGCUGAGUUGGCUAGAGGCUGAUACGAAUGGAUCCUUGAGUUCAGAUCUUCCAAGGGUCCGUGAAUCCGCAGCUGGCCCAGAGCACCCCUGAUGUUGAUGGGAGAUGGCAGGGGCAGGAUGUGAAUGACUCAGGGCAAAGUGCGUCACUGCUCAGAAAACUCAGCAAUGGCCUUGCUCUGUAAGGAGCCUGCCCAGGUCCAUUUCUAAGCAAGUAGCUUUUCAUUACUCUACCAGAUGUCUAUCAUUGCCAGAACCUCUUCUUGUGUCUGAAGUGUCUUUGGCACCGUCGCGAUCUUCCUUGCUUUCCCAUUGCGGUGAUGUGCUGAGUAGCAGGUAGAGUGGGGAGGGGGUUGGUUUCACUUGGACCCACCAAAGUGGGUGGGAAGAGCUAAGAGGAGGAUGUCCAGGUGGCUGUGUAGACAUCACAGGGCGGUAAACCGUUUGCAGACUCACUGUGCUUGUCUGCAGCAGGGACCCCGAAGGAAUAGCUGGAACAAACCAUUGGCUUCCCGCAGACGGGCUAACUCCUGGGCAGAGUCUCAUUAUUCUGUCCUUGUCAUGGUCAAAAUGAACUUCUCUUUCCCUCGAUUGCUGUCCACACAGUUGCCCAGUUUCUAGUUUUUGAAAACAUUUGCCACUCCCACUACCUGACUUGGUUUCCCUUGUUGGGUGAGGAUCUGAUGGCCUGAUCUGCAGAGGGUGCUGCCCUUUGGACCAAGAGAUAAUGAGUGAAAGGUCUCUUCUAGGCCCACCUUCUCUUGGUCCCAGACUCUGCUCACCCACGUCCUUGCAGAAGGCGGCCCUCUUCUCAGUAAUGAAUGGAGUCCCAGUUGCUGACUGCUUGUACCACUGGAUGGUGGCCCUGUCUUUCUGUUCCUCCUGGCUCUGCCCUGCCACCCUCCCCUUUUCAGGCUGACCAGCAGUGACCUUACUUACCUGGGCUCUCAGAAGGGUAGAGGCUAUACUUCCCUGGGGCUCUCUCCUGACUGAGUGAGAUUUUCGCUGGUUUGUAUGUAGACUGUUUCGAGGGCAAAGAGAUCAUAGCUGUGAGGGCCAUUUGGAGGUAUGCUUUGGAUGCUGAAAUGUUAGGGUUUGUAGAACAUGUGGAUGAUUUAUGAGACUGGGGGCAGAAUAGGUGACAUCUAGGACCUUAUGGCCAGUGGGUUUCAAAUCUGUUGGCCAUUUGAAGACUCUGUCCCGUUCCCUCCCUCUCUCCACCAAAUGCCUUUCUGCUGAAGCUCCUUUUUAUUCUUGAGCCAGUAAUAUGCCAACAGUGUGUUUGUUAAUAAUAAUUGCAAUAAUAGUCAUAGUGCUUAAUAUGUGCCAGGUAUAGUACUAAGGGCUUAUCCCUUUUAAUCUAGAAAACAACCUUUAAUUAGGUAUUAUCCCCAUUUUAUAGGUAAGGAAACUGAGGCACCAUGACAGGCUGAUCUCAGUGGCUGAGGAGAUAGACUUGCGGCUCCAAUAGCCCUAGGUCUGGGCAGGUUACUGGGUGUAACUCCAACUGGUGGCGUCUGAGAGUUGCACCUCCCUCGUGGGAAUGUUGUGAGGAUUUUUAGGAGAUAACGCAUGUAAGCAUUUAGCAUAGUGUCUGGCACAUAGUAAGCCUUCAGUAAAUGGUAGUUAUUUUUGUUGAACUCAGCGUGUAAAUUGAACCUAGUUGGUGUAAUGCCAGAGACUGGGUUCUUAGUCACUGCACUGUUACCUGUCCAGCACGCAUCCUGGGUGUUCACAGUCUAAAAGAUUUUGAGAGAAGUUAUCCAACCUUAACACCCACCUCCAGCGUCUGGGUGCAUCACACUUCUCUUUCCUUUCAUCAGGCUGGCCUUGUAAAUGGCCAUGAGGAUGGUCAGAAAUUGUCCACUCUCAGUUGGAAUGGUUUCCUUGAGGUCUUGCCCACUUCCUGUUGCCCCUGGUGUGGACUUUCCUUGGAGAAGGAGGCCCUUACUUCCUCCCUAUUGGUGCCUCUGCUCCAUGAGAGGGGAGGGCCUGUGAGUCACCCUGGACCCUGUUUUCUUCUGCCCAAGGACUCUGCCCUUUGCACACAGCUCAGGGACCUGCAGCUGUUCCCUGUGUGUGGGGACCUCUCAGUGGGGGAAAAGAGAAGCCUUCUGUGUGGCAGAUUAUAGCAGUGACAGAAAGCCUAAAAGCUCUGCCUGCACCCUCACAUCGCCAGACAGGGGCCUUGUGUUUCGAGCUUCCUUACAAGUACUAACGGGCUAGAAGCAGGUGACCUCUUGAGGACAGAUGGUGUGGGGUGUUUCUCUUGGAGUCUGGGUUAGCUAGAAUCGAGCUUAGUUUAAAGGAUCACAUGGGUGUGUGAUGAAUGAAGGGGAAUGGGCACUGGAUUGUGUGAAAAAUCUUUUCACUUGGUUUUCUGAAUAGAGAUGGGGACUUGGGGAGGGCAUGGGUGUGAGGUGGAGGCUUCUUUGCUUUGGAGGAAUCUUGUUGACAGAGAAUCCAUGAAAUUCUCAAACCAAUGGACUAGUGAUAACAGAACUACCGAUUGAACAUGGACUGUUUCCUGGGUGUUGGUGGGGAAAGAAGACCAGACUCAAAGGCCCAUUGUAUUUAAAGAAUGGUUUCUCCCCUUCAGUUGAAUAAUGAAGUACUGGCUAUGACAGAAAUCAGGAGAAGGUUGUGGAAGAGUUCAGUAAGCAGCUGCUGCGACAGGCUGAUCUUGGCUGGUUCUCAUGCCCUUCUGGACCAGCAUUUGCCAGGCCUGGCACUUCUUCCCUUACUGUUGAGGCUGAUGGACGCAGGCUGCUUUCUGUCUGUAGAGAAGUUGUCCUCUCAACACUGGGGAUGCGGACCCAGUUGGGCUGUCGAUGGCCCUGUGUUGGUCUCCCAGGCAUUAGGCAGGGCCUGGCUCCUUGCAGCCUUUUCCUGUAUACAGUGCUCUAGGGGUUUAGGUGGUCCGGCCACCUGUGAUUCUGUUCCAAGUGAAAUUGUGUCUCUGAUCUCAUCCCCGUUGCUGUUUUUGUCCUUGGCUCCCAGAACACGUCUGCUUCUCACCUCCAUUCAGUUCCUGGACUGGGCUUGCUGCCUUGGUGCCUGGAAACGCCAGAAUAGGAAGGGAGUUAAGAAUAUUUUCUAGUGGACAGAAUGUAUAUACAUGUUUUUCUGAGAGUGUCCUCGGUGUGCUGCUUCGUUUUCAUACACAGAGCAUUGUGUUGCUACCUUAUGUCCCACUGGCUGGGUGUCUGGGACCUGGCUAGAAAGAGAAAGGGCUGAGCAGACAUCAGGGCCGAUAAAACUAAAGGACUUGGACCCAAGAGAACAAGUCAGGACAGGAUGCAGAGAUGGGGGGUUUCCAGCCAGAAGACCGCUGAGGAGCUGUGGGGGCAAAGGAGAGGCCAGGAGCCCCACAGCUGAGGACAGGCGGACAGAGGCCAGCACUGUGUUUUAUAGGUGUGGGGACCAGAAACAGGGCUCAGAAGCCCAUCCAGAAAGAUUCAAAGCUCGUGGAUUAUGGAUUAUCUUCUGGAGCUGAUGCUGAUACCAAAUUUUAAUUUUUAUUGAUGUUUAAUAUUUUCCAAAAGAGGAAGGGAAAACCAAAGUGGGUGAGGUAAGAGGCUCCCCCUUGGAGCCCUGGGAGCUCUGUGUUGUUGGGUGAGUCGGGCGCAGCUGUGGACCCGCUCAGGUCUGUGUGCUCCGAGGAUCUGUUUAAUGGGAAAGAUGCCCCACACAGAAAUGGCCUCCCCACCCACACUGGGGAGUGUGAGGCAGUCACCUAGGGCCCAUCAUCGCCUGUGUCUGCCACCCAGAGCUUAGCCUGGAUGUACCCUGCCCCCUCGAGGUCAGUUUCUCUGCCCCUCCUCUGGGGGGUGCGAUUCAGUGGACCCACACGGAUAAGCCGGGUACUGACAUUUGAUUUCUGGCCCUCAGAUGCGGGGGACCUUGGAGCCACUCUUGGGUGCGUGUGGAGCCCACCGGACAGCCCCUAAGGCCUCCACAGUUAGGGGUGUGUGUGUGUGUGUGUGUGUGUGUGUGUGUGUGUGUGUGCUGUGCCCUUUAGCCAACGUGGGGGUUCACAGAGUCUGCGUGUAUUCGCCACAGCUGACCUUUGUGUGCUGUCUGAUCUGUGUUGAACAAUACAUGUAGAUGCUUUUUCAGCGCAGUUCCAGAACAUCCUAUAUUGUACAUUGGGAAAUAUUUACCUUAUUUAUAUACCUGAAUGUUCCUGUUACACAAAUAAACAUCUAUUAAAUUCUG